AUGCUACCCUCAAUAUCGCUGGCGGCCCUAUGGCUGGCAGCCGCAUCGCCCGCGCUCGCCGCCUCGGGCAAAGCAGGCACCAUUGAAGAGGCCGGGGAGACCCAAGUCAGCGCUAUGAUGAUGUUCCUGGGCAACACCGAGAAAGUGUAUAUCCUAGACAAAGCGGAGGGUAACGCCGCGCAGGUGAACGGCCACCCAGCCUGGGGUGCAGUCUGGGACAUUGCUGCGCGUACGGCAGAGGUGAUGGAUGUCAAAACGAACGUUUUCUGUGCGUCUGGAAUG